UGAACGGUCCUAUAUUAGGUGGUUUGGUUAAGAUAUGUGAAUCAAUAACUAAAUUGCGGAUGCAUGUAUUUAGCGACCUAUUUCCGCGUCCCGUUUAUUUUAGGAGUUGUUCCUGUUUUACCGGAAUAGAUAUUUAAGAAAGUGGGUUUCUAGCUUCGCCGUCUAGUCUGGACACUGCUGCCCGUGUAUACUAAGUGGUACAUCAUUUUAUUAGAGAGUAAAGCAAAGUAAAAAUUGUGUUUUUUUAAGGAAAGGCCGCCUGAAUGCAGAGCAGAGAGAAGAUGAUAACGGAGCAGCUGCGGAAUCCGAAUGAGCUGGACAUCAGCCUUCGGAUGGAGUUUGGUCCGUUUGAAACGGUGCACAAAUGGAAGAAGUUGUCAGAGUGCUAUGAAUUUGUUGGAGCCAAACGGAGCAAGCACACAGCAGUGGCCUAUAAAGACGCGAUAUAUGUGUUUGGCGGUGACAAUGGCAAGUUCAUGCUCAACGACCUGGUCAGGUUUGACAUCUGGGAGAUGUCCUGGACCAAGGUGGGCUUCCAGGGCACUCCGCCCGCUCCCAGAUACCACCACUCCGCUGUUGUGCAUCGCUCGUCCAUGUUCGUGUUUGGCGGCUACACGGGCGACAUACUGGCCAACUCCAACCUCACCAACAAGAACGAUCUCUUCGAGUUCAAGUUCUCCAGCGCGCAGUGGGUGCAGUGGAAGUUCCAGGGACAGGAGCCAGUGCCACGGUCAGCUCACGGCGCAGCAGUUUACGACGACAAGCUUUGGAUUUUCGCCGGCUACGAUGGUAAUGCGCGCCUCAACGACAUGUGGACCAUCAACUUAGUGGGCGACAACCACCAAUGGGAGCGCGUGGAGCAGAAGGGCCAGUGCCCCCCCACGUGCUGCAACUUCCCCGUGGCCGUGGCGCGCGGCAAGAUGUUCGUGUUCAGCGGCCAGUCCGGCGCCAAGAUCACCAACGCGCUCUUCCAGUUCGACUUCGAGACGCACACUUGGAGCCGCGUGUGCACGGAGCACCUGCUGCGCUGCGCGGGCCCGGCGCCGGCGCGGCGCUACGGGCACGUGAUGGAGGCGCACGGGCGGCACCUCUACGUGUUCGGCGGCGCCGCGGACAGCACCCUGCCCAGCGACCUGCACAGCUUCGACCUUGACACGCAGAUGUGGUCGGUGGUACACCCGGCGCACGAGUCGCAAGUGCCGGUCGGGCGCCUGUUCCACGCGGGCGCCGUGGUGGGCGACGCGCUGUACGUGUUCGGCGGCACCGUCGACAACAACGUGCGCAGCGGCGAGCUCUUCUGCUUCCAGCUGUCCGACUACCCGCGCUGUACGCUCCACGACGACUUCGGCCGCAUACUUAAAUCCCAGCAGUUCUGCGAUGUGGUAGUCCUGGUGGGAGUCGAUGAGAGCUGCGUGCUAGCACACCAGGCGCUGUUAGCUGCAAGGUCCACGUAUCUACGAGCCAGGAUACAGGAGGCGCGCGAAGAACUAGCCCGCCGCAUAGACGAGGGCCUCGAGAAGCCCCUAGAAGUGUACGACUACAAGGCGACGCCGCGGCUCACGCUAAAGUUGCCUGAAGCCACGCCAGAGGCCUUCGACAUGGUGCUCAACUUCAUAUACACGGACCGGAUCGACCCGAGCGAGAAAUACGAGGACCCCGAAAGGCCGUCCACCAUCCUGCAAGUAAUGGAAGUCCUCCGCCUGGCGCUCCGCCUGAACAUUCCUCGGCUCCGCGGGCUGUGCGCCCGCUUCCUCAAGGCCAACCUGUGCUACAGCAACGUGUUGCCAGCUCUCCACUCCGCGCACCACGCACAAGUGCACUCCGUCAAGGAGUACUGUCUCAGAUUUCUAGUAAAGGACUACAACUUUACGCAAAUAGUGAUGUCGCCGGAAUUCGAAACGAUGGAAAAGAGCCUCAUGGUGGAAAUGAUCCGUCGUCGGCACCGACCACAGACCAAACCCCCGGCACCGCAGGAGAGCGACGAAGAUAUUAUAGGAACGACCCUCGAGCAGGACAUGUCGGUGUUCCUGUGCGGCGCGGGCGGCGGGGAGCUGAGCGACGUGCGGCUGCGCGUGGGCGCGGCCGCGCGCGCCGCGCACCGCUCCAUCCUGGCCGCGCGCGCCGCGUACUUCGAGGCCAUGUUCCGCUCCUUCUGCCCCAGCGACAACACCGUCAACAUUCAAAUAUGCGACACGGUGCCUUCAGAGGAAGCGUUCGACUCGCUGCUGCGCUACAUAUACUACGGAGACACCAACAUGCCUACUGAGGACUCGCUCUACUUGUUCCAAGCGCCGAUUUAUUACGGUUUCACUAACAACCGUCUCCAAGUAUUCUGCAAGCACAACCUACAGAGCAACGUCACCCCGGACAACGUCCUGGCAAUAUUGCAAGCGGCGGACCGGAUGCGCGCCGCCGACAUCAAGGAAUACGCGCUCAAGAUGAUCGUGCACAACUUCUACCAGCUGGCGCACCAGGAGUCCAUAAAGACGCUCCCGCAGCCGCUGCUGGUGGACAUCGUGGUGGCGCUGGCCACCGCGCGCCGCGCCGACUCCCCCCUCCCCGCGCAGCCGCGCCCCCUCCCCCCCUCCUCCUCCGCCGACACGCUGGCCGACGACGAGCACAGGAGGAAGGACCAUCCCAACUAUUGGUAGCUAGGCCACAA